AUGAGCCGAAAAAUAAGGCCGAGGAUCGGGAGAAGAUCGGGGAACAGAAAGGGGCGAAAAGUGUUGCCUACGAAAAUCGCGGCGUUGGUCGUCUCCGCUAUACAGGAUCUACGAGAGACGAAGGGGUCCACGCCUAGCAAAAUUAUCGGUUAUAUCAGUUACGUGUCUGAAAUGAACGAUGAUAAGGUUAAACGGCAAGUGAAGGCAGUUCUGAAAAGGGGAUUGGAAUAUGGGAUACUGAAAAAAUACAGAAGGCAGUAUUAUCUUCCCACUAGUAACGAGUUAAACCGUGCUAAUCGCAUCGCAUUGAGAUUCGCCAAAUUACCCUUGCCUUCCACGUAUCAGACGAAAUCGAGCCUCUACUCGUUGAAAAGCAAAAGGAGAAAUUCGAGGAAAUCCGGCGUGAAAUCUUCCCGAAAGGAGAAACAACUGGCGGAUUUUUCGUCCACCCUAAUCUCACCCACCGUCAGCUUGGCGAAUACAAUUUGCAACGUUGACGACUUGUGA